GAAGACGAAGCCGAACACGAGGAAUCCAACGUGACGGAUGCUGAAGACAGUGUCGCGGAGGCAGCUGAAGAAAACGUGUCUGAAGAGCCUGCUGACGAGGCAAAAGCAAUCGAGGGCGAGGCCGAACCUGCCCACGCGGAAGAUGCAGUAGAGAGCACGACCGAAGCGGCUGCCACCGACUCUUCAGAACAGGAAAUGGAGUCUACACCCCUCAAGACGAUCGCAACGAAACCUUCUGGGAAGGCGUCUGUAGACACGAAGCCUGUGACGGCAAAACCGACCGCGAGCCAACCCACAACUUUGGUAAAGAAGAUCCUCAAUUCGGGCAAGUUUGGGACAGGAACUGCUAGGCCUUCUCCGCCCCAGAUUUCCAAAUCUUCCAGUUCCUCCUCUACAUCUCCUACGAAGACCACGUUAACUUCUUCUACUGUCAAGAAACCUGCGAGCAGCAUCACAACGUCAGCCUCUAGAGGAACGAUGCCCCCGCCGAAGACUACUGCUGUAAACCCUCCACCCCCAACUCCUCGUAGGGCCUCCCUUGCCCCGUCGAAGACCUCAGUGCCGGCACCAAGAGCCUCUUUAGCCACAUCCACUUCUACCAAACCCUCUCCUCCGUCUAGACCAAUCCCUUCAUCAGCUACUCGCCCUUCGGUCGUCUCUCCUGUCGAAUCCACUGCGUCGAAGUCUUCGACAACUGCACGCCCUCGCGCUUCAGUGUCGGAAGGUGUCCCAGCAAAGAAACCCCCAGUUUCACGCCCUAGCUUGAGCUCCGCAAAGCCCCCUAGUGCUACUGCUACAAGGCCGACUCGUACGCCAGGUGCGGGUUCCAUUUCAUCAAUCAAGGAAGUGAAAGGAGAGGGAAAGGUCCUUGAUGAUGUCCAGAAUAAGCUUAAGGAAGCUACGGCGUCUUUGACGUCUAAGGCUGAUAUAAUUGCUGGCCUUGAAGGCGAGAUCCAGAAAUUGAAUGAAUCUUUGGAGGAUGCAAAAGCCGAUGCGGAUGAAAAACGCCAAAAGGUAGAAGAACUGGAGCGGGCCAGAAUCGAUGCCGAGAAGGAACUUGUAGAAGCAAAGAGUGCCUUGGAGAAGCUCCAGACCCAGACUUCGCAGUACGACUCUAUCCAUGAAGAGCUUGCAUCCGCCAAGGCUGCUUCAGAAGCUCAGACUGAGCUCAUCCAAAGUCUUCAGGCGCAAAUUCAGUCCAUGGAGCUGGAAGUUAUAGCCGCCAAGGAGAAUCUUGACAUCGUCCGUGCCAGUGGGUCUGUUUCGGAAGCUGCCCUCGCAUCGGCUGCCAUCGACCGUGAGGCGUUGGUGAAGGCAAAGGGGGACCUCGAAGCUGUUCAAUCUGAGGUUGAGGCGCUGAAGGCUGCUCAUGCUCAAGCGCUGCUGGACGCCGCAGAGAAGGCGAAGAGUCUCGAGAGCCAAGCUGCUAGCUCCCAGGCGCUCGUGGAAGAGAUUGCAGACCUCAGAGCUGAAGGGGAGAACGCGUCAACUAGACUUUCCGAGCUUGAAAUCGAGAUUCUAGAGUUGAAGGAGUCCCAGGACAACGCUGAUGACGAGCACUCAAAGUCUCUUGCUCGUAUCAAGUCGUUGGAGGAGGAAUUAGUGGCAGCAACUGCAGCUACGGAGCAGGCCUUGCAAGAUGCUAAGCUCAAGGAAGAAACCUAUGCGGUCGAGCUCGAGAACUUACCGAAGGCGUACGAAGAACAGCUUGCGGCUGCCGCGGCAGAGCAGUCGAGACUGACUGAGCAAUGGCAGACCAUCCAGGCUGAGCUGGAUAGUACUCGCGCUUCUCUUGAGGAGGCUAAGGUCGCCGCUGACCUCGCGGGGCAGGAGCACGCACAUCUUCUUGAAGAAGCUGAGAAGGAAUAUCAAGCUCGUCGCGACGAACUCUCCGAAGAAAUCAAGAGGAUCUCAGCCAAUCUUGAGGGUCAAGAGGCGAAGUAUAACGCUAAAGUUGAUGCUGUCAAGGCUGAGCAUGAACAAUUGCUUCAGGAUGCUUUCGAGCGUGCGAAGAAUGAGGCCGGGGACGCACAUGGCCAAGAUCUUCAAUCUCUUCGUGCAGAAUCUCAGGCGACUAUUGAACAGCUGCGCUCUGCUCACCAGUCGACCAUCGAAGGCCUUAAGGCUGAACAUGAAGCAGCACUCGAAGCCCAGGUCCAGAAUCUCGAGAAACAGAUCACGACCCAAAGCCUAGAACUGAAGGCGACCGGUGAGGACCUCGCUAAGGCAAAGGCGGCUCUUACUGCCUCACUUCAUGAGGUCGAGGGCCUCAAGGCGCAGUUGGAUGAUGCCCAUCAUACCGCGGCGAUUGUUGCUGGCUCUAGCGCGUCUGAACAAGUGGCCGAGUUUGAACGUCUUAGAAAGGAACUUUCUAAUACCAAAGACGAUCUUCUUGGCCUUUCGGACGUCUUCAACGCGACGAAAGAGUCUAUGAAGGAGAUGUCUAGCAAUCACGUGAAAGAACUAGAAGAGGCAGCGAAGGGUCGUGUGGAGGAGGUUACCGCCUUAAAAGCUCAGUACGAAGCAGAGUUCCAGAGGAUCGUCGCCGAGAAAAGCGAUCUCCUUACCAGGCUCUCGGAUCUCGAAGGCGAGUUGGCAACAGCGAAGGCCUCGGUCAACACGGAUUCCGCUCCCACACACAAAAGGAAUGGCUCGGCUCAAGUGAUUUCUCCUUCUGUCACCAAGGAUGAGCUGCAGAAGAUGCAUGAGGCGCAUAACUUGAAACUGCAUGAUCUCCAGGCUCAGCACGAGAAGGCGAUGAAGGCUAUCCAGGAGCAGCUCGAGGCUGUACAAUCUCGGGCCGCCGAACUAGAGCAGGACGUCGAGCGAAAAACAAUGGAAAUCAAGUAUCUUGAACAAGACCAAGAGGAGAGCACCGAUCAAAUCACGCGGUUGAAAGCGGAUAUAGAGCACCUCACGAACCAGAUGCCCCAAGCAACCCAUUAAUCACGAACAACGCGUAUCAGGUCCGGCCAUUUCGCUUCAACCUUGCGACAUCCACGACGAUUCCAGGAGGGAUCCCACCGAUUGGUCGUUCAUCUUGCAGACGGACUGCGACAGUGCAGCCAGUUCAUUAUCUUUCGGUAUCAGUUCCGUGCGAUCGUACAUUCUAUUUGCCUGCUUUAUGCUAUCGCAUUCCCACUACCCCGGUUCUCGUAUACCUUGCUCACAUUCUCCUGCGCGUAUACUCCUGUAUGUUGAUACCCGGGUUAAUGUGCAUACCUUACCAGUUUUUAAUGGAUACCAUUCGUGCCGCCUUCCUUCCAACGCGGAUUUACUUGUC